AUGUGGGACAGUAGGGCAUGGGAAGGGGAAGUCAGUAGUGUGGGUAGAUAUUCCAUCACAUAUAAGUUCAGCGACAAAGCCCAAGAAUUUGUUUGGCAUUUAACCAGUAUUUAUGCUGCUAAUGAUAGGGUUGAAAGAAAAGAAGUAUGGUGGGAGAUAGGAGCUGCUAGGGGUCUAUUCACUGGGCCUUGGGUUGUGUGUGGGGAUUUUAACACUGUUAGAUAUCCCUCAGAGAAGAAGAACUGUGUUAGGUAUACCAGAUCAAUGGCAGAAUUCUCAGAUUUCAUUGAGGACAUGGGUUUAGUUGAUCUGCAACUACUAGGAGGCAAGUUCACAUGGAAGAAAGGAACAAAUUUCAACAUUGCUGCUAGACUGGACAGGUUUCUAGUCUCUGAAGAAUGGGAUGAAGGAUUUAGAAACAUUAAACAGUCAAUCCUUCACAGGGUUACCUCUGACCAUUCACCUGUCAUGAUUCAGUGUGGUUUCAAGAAUAGAAUUAAAACAUGGUGGGAGUCCUUUUCAUGUACUGGCAGACCUGAUUACAUCCUGGCUUUCAAGCUGAAAGCUUUGAAGGAAAAACUCAAAGAAUGGAGCAAGACAAUUCAAGGCAAUCUGAAGAUACAGAAACAACAUAUAUUGGACCAACUUGCUGAAAUUGAGGAUAUACAAGAACUGAGGAGCUUGAAUGAGGAAGAGACACACAAAAAAACCUCUCUAAUGCUAGAAUUUGAGGAAAAUGCUCGGAAGGAGGAGAUAGCUUGGAGGCAACGGUCCAGGGUCUUGUGGUUGAAAGAAGGUGACAGAAAUACUAAGUUCUUUCACAGAACUGCAAAUGCCCAUAAAAGAUAUAACAAUAUUGACAAGCUACAAGUCAACAGGGAAACUGUGGAGAAUCUUGAAGAUAUCACGAGGGAGAUAAUCUCUUUCUACCAAAAAUUAUACAUAGAAGCUGAGGAGUGGAGACCACAAUGCAGCCUAAGGGACUGCCAAACUAUUAGCUCAGAGGAUAAUCAGAUGUUAUUGAGCCCUUUUGAGCCUCCUGAAAUCUGGGAGAAUGUCAAAGCAUGUGCAGGGGACAAAACUCCUGGUCUAGAUGAGUAUACUAUGGCUUUCUACAUUCAAUGA